UCAUCUUCAUCCUACGUCAACUCUUAUCGCCUGUAGUUCAAAUGCUCUUAUACUUUUUUUUCCAUCUCGGGACAGCCCGAUCUGAAAAAUCACCUCUGGAAAGGAUAGGCAUGUAGUUGUGUAUGCAUGAACCGCGUGUUGCACGAGUUCUAGUUCAGAGUCAACCUAUCUACUACUAGCUCAUCUCCAGACCCAUUCAAAUUCGGACUACUUCAUCCAUGGACAUGGCCCAUGUCAAAACCGUUCCAGACGAAGCAACUUUGAGACAAUGCUAGGCCAAUGCUUGGAACCAUUGGGUAAGGUAUACAUUCUUUAAAAUGCAUGAAGAAUGAGUGAUGAGAGAAUCGAAUCGGUGAAUUGUUUCCAAUCAUUGAGUAGUUCUCAUCCUCGAGGCUUUGUCGAAAGAUGCUCAUUCAGUGUCCUCCUCGUCCAUCCCUCCAAUCUCACCCACACUCGCUUGUUUAUGCGAUGAAGUUCUUCUUGUUAGAGCAACGGAACGAAAUGUGAAAGGUGCGAAGAAGGGGAAAACGUGGGAAAUUUCAGUCCAGCCCGAGUUCCAAUAUUCUACGCAAAGUGGAUAGAGAAAGAUAUACUUUAGCGAGUGCAUGCAUGCAGCAGACAUGUUGCUGCAAGCUCUGGUGAUAUUUGCUCUCUUGACUUAUCAUUGUUGUUCCACUGCAGAGGAGUUCAGCCUUUUAGGCCCCAAAGGCGAAAUCCCUGACAUCAAGGCCGAUCGUGAUGAAGAUAUGAAGUCGCCAUCAGAAAAUCCGAGUUAUUUGCCCAAUCAAUUGUACCAGUUCUUGGGCAAAGUGAACCAGACCUUUAAUGGCAGUGAAUUCGUUCCUUUUGAUCCGAUUUCGGGUCCUUUGUUGAAGUCUCGUCGAAUUGGAUUGGCUUUUCAACCUGAGCAAUGUCUAUCAUUUCGAAGGCUACCCGAGUAUUCUACUCCAACGAGGAAUGUGUUCAGUGUCGAGUCUGGGGAUAAUCUAAACAUCACUUGCAUGACAAUCCAGCCUCAUAGAUGGAGAUCGAAUGCACCCCUAUUUGAAGGCAAUGUGGAGCUCAAGAAUCUUACUCAGACUUAUUCGAGCUUAUCUGAAAUCCAUGGCCUUCAGUUUCAAUCGGACAUUGACUACUCGCGAUUCAGGUUCUACGACACUUUGAUGUUGACUAACCUCAGUCAUCUUCAUGUUGGAGAAUACGCAUGCUCGAGCUUUGGUUCCAUCAAGCUUACUGAGAGAUUGUUCCUAUUUGUCAAAGACCAGGACCAUCCGGUAUCUUCGCCUCGAAAGCAAGGUGCCACACAUUUGCUGAAUGCCACACUCGGUUCAGACACAGUGAUCCCCUGUCUUCCGGCUCAUCCGCAAUUCGAUGUGUCAUUGUAUAAGGAGAACACUCUCCUUGGGGACAAAUAUGACUUUCACCCACUCAAAGGCUUCAUCAUACCCAAUGUGACCAGCUUGUCUUUGGCUGGAGACUAUCAAUGUCGCUUCACAUCAUACCACCGCUUUGAGCAGAUUCGAAGCUUUCGUUUAAAAGUUGCGGAGAAGACUCUUCUACGUGAAGUUUCUCGUGACAAUGAGACACCAAAAACAUCCAGUGCAUUUCUAUGUCAAGAUCGUUUGUCGUACUUGUUGUUAAGUCUGGGUGCAUCAAUCAUUAAUGUUGGUGUACAUAUUUUACAAAUAAAGUGACGUGAAUCCUU